ACAGACUGCUCUUUAAGAUUCCUAAAUUUCUCCUGACCUCCCUUUCUUGGAGGAGUCUCCCUUGACAAGCAAGGCUCUCCCAUCUCCCUUGGUCAAGGGAGAUAUGCAUCAAAUUGUAUGCAAAGGAUUUGGAGGCUUUGGAUGUUAAUUUGGUGUUCACAAGUGGCAAAAUGUCAAAAAAACAGCACUUAAAUAUUAUUAAAUAUAUUCUUCUAUUUCUAUCUCUCUCUUACUAAUGGUUAUUGAAUAUCUUCCUUAUAUUUAUUAAUUUAAAUGUGAUUAUAAAAUUUAGUUAAUUUUUCUUUGUUUUUGCACUCCUCUAAUUGAUUCAUAUUAAAUUCCUUGCAGGAGAGAUGAAAUCCUUGGAGGACAAACUAGGUCAUCUUCUGAAGGAUGUUGCGUACCUCAAAGCGACAGCAAAAUCAGUCAAUCUGAUAGGGCGAAGCGCCAACAAAGCACAGAUAAUCAGUCUCCCUAAUAUAUACCCUGCAGGCCUCCCAUGCAAGUCUUCUGCUGAAGUUGAGGCUCUUGAGAAUUUCUUGAAGAAUUCAAACACAGAGACCAGGAAAUUGUUUUUCCAGGGUCUUUUGCAGCUGGGAGGGUCGAAGCCCGGAGACAUCAUUCGAGAAGUACUAAGAACUCUCUUGAGUAAUCGAGCGGCUCUGGAAUAUAGUUACCAAGGGGAGGGCCCGAACAACAAAGCCUUUCAACCUCUGCUGAUAUGUGAUAUGACCCUGAAUGUUGUACGAGCAAACCCCCAAUACCAUGAGUACACAUCAAAUUCCUUUAAGGUAAUUGUCGAGAAUUGGCUUAGGAAUGCUAACAAACGUUUGGUGACAGAAGGAAAAAAUCGGCGUAGAGCUCCUGCAAGGGCGGCAGAUUAUGUAUAAUUCUCCAAUGUCAGUGUAAUUGUUAUACAGUUGUUAUUAAUUGUAUUUUAUAUGCAUAUAAAUAUACUUUAUAAAAAUAAAUAAACCUUUUUAUAUAAUCAAAUGAAUUAAUUCAUAUUGAAUUAUCCUAGUAUGAAAUCAAAUAAAUUACCCAAACAAGGAGGUAAAAUGGUUCUGGGUUCAUACCGUUUUGGGGAAAAACAAAGCCAUAAAGUUCUAAAAAUUUCUAUUAGCGUUAAGAAGUUUGAGCUCUAAUGAGUACCAGUACAAGAAUAAGAGAGGAGAGUGUUAAGCUCAGGCAGCUUGCAUUGGAAUACUAAGUUGAGGUCAUGUCGAGAGAUCUAUAAAGUUUUGGAGCUUUUUAGGCUACAUCAGUAGAUCAAAUUUAUUUGUCUGUAUCCAAGACUGCAUUGAAACGCCGUCAUGAAUAUGUCGUAUUGGAUUUUGCAGUAUGCUAAGUUGGGUUCACUGAUAAGUGUGAUCUACUGAGAUGGUCUAAAAAGACCCAAAACGUUAUACAUCUCUCGGCGUGACCUCUACUUAAUAUUCCAAUGCAAGCUGCCUGAGCUGAACAACCUCCCUCCCUUCUCAGUCUUGUAUUGGUACCCAUUAGAGCUCAAAAUGUUUUACUCUAAUCGAAAUUUUUGGAACUUUUUGGCUUUGUUUUCCCUGCGAAAUGGUGUCCAUUUCACCUUGUUACGUACAGUUCAGGCCAUUUCUUAAGUGUUAUUCUCUUUUAUGUUUACACCUAUGUAUUUUUUCUGUAAUUGCGUAUUAUGUGACUCAAAUUAAAAUUUUUAGAACUUUCUGCCUUUGUUUUUCCUGUGAAAUGGUGUGAACCCAGCACCAUUUCACCACCUUGUUACAGUUCAGGCCAUGUCUUAGUGUUUUUUCUCUUUUAUAUGUUUAUAUGCAUUUUGUAAUAUAAUGAUAUUUUAUGUAUUUUUCCUGUAAAUGUGUUUUGUGAUUUUGUAGUUCAUUUUUUCUAGUUUUAGGUAAUGACAGUACAGAGCUCUCUGCUUGUGAUGUAAUCUCAUAUUUUUGUUAAUAAACGCCAUCAAGUGUGCAUACUUA